AUGGCGUCUCGAAAGAUGUGCACCUUCGCGCGUCUUGUGCCGAUCUUCGCCGUCACGUUUAUCACUGCCGCUCUCAUUGCCAUACCACUGCUCGAGGCGAGGCACAACUUUGACGGCAACAACCCGUCUCGCAAGAUGGAGGGCGUUGAGGAGGUGAACUCAGAGAACUACUUUGACCUUGUAGGCCGCAAUCGCUUUGUGCUGCUCGAGUUCUACGUGGACUGGUGCAGGUACUGCCGCGAAUUCGCCUCCCUGUACGAUGAGUUCGGCAAGUACGUUCAGGCCCGCUCCGAGCUGCAGCAGAGGCUUGUGGUGGGGAAGGUAAACGCGCUGAAUGAAGCGCUCAUACAGCGACAGUACAAUGUCAGUAGCUACCCGACGGUCAUUCUGGUGCCGCCAAACAAGCACACCGGUGUCGUGUUCACUGAGAAUCGGAACUUUAAUCAGCUCUUGAACUUUGUCGAGCGUGAGAUGGUGAAGAAGGAGUAUGCUGUUACGGAAUAG